AUGGGUAAAGUUGGAGACGAAGAGGGACGUUACGAAGAUGACCGCGAUGAGACAAGACUUUCCACAAGAGAAUAUUUCAACCGAUUUGAAGAGAAAACAAAAGAAGCAUUCUUGGAUGCCAUUGGUGGAUAUGAGGAAGCUGAGAAGCAUCGAAGGGGCCAUGUUGAGUUCAUUUAUGCUGCUCUCAAAUACAUGAAGGAAUUCGGAGUGAUGCCUGAUGAUGAAAUGGGUCAGACCUUGAAGGAAAUUUUUGGGAAGAGCCUGAGUCAUCCUCAGAGAAAAUACAUGCGGAUGAUGUACUGGAUGCCCAAAUUUAAAAAUCUAAGCCCCUGGCUCCUUCCAAAUCCAGUCCCCACUGACAGCUUGGAACUAGCAAAACUUGCCAUGCAGCGUAUUGGAAGUGUUGACCUUCAGACAGAAGUUGAAGUGUUUGAUGCUGGUGAGCUUGAGGACUCAAUUGAUGGGACGUGGAUUGUAAGUGCUCAGAGUCAAACCCAGAGGAAACUGAUUGCCAAGCACUCAACAGACAAGCCAAUAUAUGUGGAAGGAGCUUUCAGGAUAUAUCUCAGGAAAGCCUGUCUGGCUUACUUCAUUCUGAGGGCAGAACCUGAGCCUAAGCCACAGGUGGAUGAAGAUGCAGAUGAUGAGCCAGCUCUCUGGUGUGCCAGUCAGAUGGCCCUAACUGUCUUGAAUAGAGGAGACUGCUUGCUCCAUCUCGAGGUUGGGAUGCUGCAGCACAUAUUCCAGUGGAAGAACCCCUUCCGGGAGGUACCCAAAGAGAAGCUCCUACCACCAGUGCAAUCAUCUGUUCAUGAGCAGGAAGAUGGAGUGAUUCUUGCUGCUUGUGCAACAGGCACUUCAAGCAAAGACUCCCUUCUUUCCUGGAUUCGAUUUCUACAGCAGACAAAUCCCCGACUAGGUGACAUCCCUGUUGUGUUCAGUUUCCAUUCUCCUCUGGGUAGUGUUGUGCCCAUUGAACUGCCUAAGGAUGAACCUGAACCUCCAAGCAAAGCUGAAGAAGAUGUCAAAAGACUUCAUGGUGGUGUUGAGGGAGAUGACCCUGAAGAAACCUUGGAAACUAAGAUGGUCAAUUUCAAACCAAUACCCGGGUGACAUGAGUCUUUAUUGUUCUCAUUUUGAUGAAUUUUGUUGUUCCUUGGAUGAAGAAUGACCCUUGGCAAGGUAUCACAUUAAGCUUCACUUUGGAGGAAGUAACUGAGAGCAGUUAAUCACAGCAAUCCUUCCAGUGACUUCAUGUCUCUGACAUUCUUCCUCUUAUCAGCUGUGGUGAAGGAUUGUCCGGGUAAAAGUAGGUCAGCAGAACGCCUAAAGCAUGACAAAGCAACAUCAUAAUUAGCAACUUCUAACAACAUGCAU